UCAAUGGAAAUAAUUAGACACAAAAUGCUUUCCUUGGGGUGUCUGAGGGGAAGUUCAGUCACUCUCCCACUCUUGCUUUUUUAAUUUUCUCUGCUUUUAUCAUUGUUUAAUUGUGUUCUCCUUGCCAGGUGGAAGAUGGGAGUGUUCCCCUCAUGUUUUAGGUGAAACCUGCUUGCCAUGAAGUCCUGAGGGAGGCAGAGGGACUGCAGUGGGAAUUCCUUCUCACUCCACAGCAAAUCCAACAAAUGCCUAAUGGGAUUGCCUCUCUGCCUGGCGCCAUGGGGAGCUGCUGCAGCUGCCUGUGCCCAGACAGCAUCCCAGACAACCAUCCCACCAAAUUCAAGGUAAGCUGUUGCCCUUCCAACCCCAUCAGAGGGUCUGGGACAGCUCUGACUGCACCAGGGGAGAGCAAAUUUCUGCCCCUCCAGAGGACUUGCAAAUCCACCACUUCUGGUUUGGGGUUUUUUGGUUCCCUGGCAGGGAUUUUUGCCUUCAAGUGCUCCCGAGCAGAGGAGAUCUUCAACCUGCUGCAGGACCUGAUGCAGUGCAACAGCAUCAACGUGGUGGAGGAGCCCAUGGUGGUCACCAGGAGCAGCCACCCCUCGGAGAGGGAGCUGGCCAGGAGCCCCCAGGGCCCCAGCAGUCUGGGUUACACUGGACUUCCCAAUGGAUUUCACAGCUUCCCUGGAGAAUCCCUGUCCUACUCUGCAGCCCGGCACCCCUCAGUGAGCAGCCUGAGACAUUCCUCUGUGGGGGAAGACUCCACCCACCCCCUCCUGGGGCCUGAGGAGCAGUCCCACACCUACGUCAACACGGCCACCGGGCAGCGGGAGCCGAGGGGCCGCCACUGUGUGCACUCCUUGCCUGAAGCCCACCCUCCUUUCCCCCCUAGGAACCACAGCUGCUCCCUGGAAGACCGAAACCCCCAGGUCUUCCUGCAGCCAGGGGAGGUGAAAUUCGUGCUGGCUCCCAGCUCCGGCUACCGCCGGCUGUGCCGGCACCCCCGGGAAUGCCGGGCUCACCUCCGCCCCCCCAACAACAACAACAACGACGACGAGUGUCAGGAGGGCUGUUCGUCCCCACAGUGCGUCUACGAGAACCUCAACGGGCUGGUGGCCCCCAGCAGCUCGUCCCUGUGCCGGGCCAAGGUGCGCCAGGAGGACGGGAGCUGCUGCCACCGGCGCUCGGCGCUGCUGCACUACGAGAACCUCCCGGCGCUGCCGCCGGUGUGGGAGCUGCAGCCGGCCCGGCACGGGCACGAGGGUGCUGGGACAGCGCCCACACCGUCCCCCAAUGGUUUCUCCGAGGCCGGAGAGGAAGAACCCCUGCAGAAUUCCGCGCGGAAUUGGGAGAGCUCGGCCCUGCACAGCUUCGACUUCCCCCGGCCCUGCCCCGAGCCCCCCCGGCAGCUCAACUACAUCCAGGUGGAGCUGGAGCCCGAGCCCUGCCGGGGCCAGCGGCAGCCAGGGCCGGGGAGCGCUGCCGGGGAAAACGCGGCACAACAGCACCGACCUGCCCCUGUGAGCGCCCCCAGCGCCGGCCCCGGCCCCGGCCCCUGGCUUUGCCCCGCGGGGCUCCCGCUCGCCCUGCCCCGGCGGCCCGGCGUGGCUCCUGCGGCUUGA